AUGUCUGGAGCAAAUGAUACCACACUAAAAAAAUUCAUUCUCCUGGGACUAACAGAUUGUCUUGAGCUACAGGCCCACCUUUUUGCAAUGUUCCUGGUGAUCUACAUUAUUACCUUGGUAUGGAAUCUUGGGAUGAUCAUGCUAAUCAAGAUCAGUCCCCAACUCCACACCCCCAUGUACUUCUUCCUCAGCAACUUGUCCUUUGUGGAUACUUGCAGCACCUCAGUCAUCACCCCCAAGAUGCUGGCAACUUUCUACUCUGAUGGGAAAAGCAUUACUUUCUUUGGGUGCAUGGUACAGCAACUGCUCUACUCAGUCUUUGUGUCCGUUGAGGCCUUUCUGUUGGCAGUGAUGGCCUAUGAUCGCUAUGUAGCUGUUUGCAAUCCCCUACUCUAUAGCACUGUGAUGUCCCAUAUGGUUUGCCUGAGGCUUGUUGUUGGUUCCUACACUGUUGCCUUCACCAGUGCCAUUGUACAAGUCAGCUGCACCUUCAGUUUAUCAUUCUGUGGCUCCAACAGAAUCCCUCAUUUUUUCUGCGACAUACACCCUCUGUUGAAAAUCUCUUGCACUGACACCCACAUCAAUGAGAUUGUGCUGUUUGUUUUUACCUGUAUUGUUGGUUUACCGACUUCACUAGAAAUUUUUAUUUCCUAUGCUUACAUCCUCUGCACCAUUUUAAAAAUCCCCUCUGCCAAGGGUAGAAACAAAGCUUUUUCUACUUGUGCCUCCCACCUGAUGGCUGUCACAGUAUUCUAUGGGAGUACUUUGUUCAUAUAUUUGCGGAUAACACCCAGCUAUUCUCUGGACCAGAACAAGGUGGCCUCUGUGUUCUAUACAGUGAUGAUCCCCAUGCUGAACCCCCUGAUCUACAGCCUGAGGAACAAGGACGUGAAGGAUGCUAUCAGGAAAGCCAUAAGAAGGAGUAGUUAUUUGUAA